UCCAGCCCAUCCCACUUGCCCAUAUCCGCCCCUGGCAGCGACAGUACAGCAAGAAGGAGACAACCCACCGUUCGUAAACAGUUGAUAAGCUGUAUACGUCUUCCGAGCUAGAAUUUAUUGAGGUCUCUGCUAUCUGAGUCUGCUGUGCAAUAGAGGGAGAUAGAGAGAGAAAGAGAGAGACGAAGAAGAAGAAAAGGUAAUGGAGAGGAAGGGAUUAGUGAUUUGCUCGGUGGUGGCGUUUCUGGGCCUUUUGUCUGCUGUUCUGGGUUUUGCUGCAGAGGCCAAGAGGAUUAGGGCCUCUCAGGUUCAGUUUCUCUCUUCUACCACGUGUGAAUACCCCAGCGGGAGCAGCCCAGCUGUGGGUCUUGGGGUCGCUGCAGCAAUGGCUCUUUUGCUUGCUCAAAUUAUCAUCAGUGUCAUGAGUGGGUGUAUUUGUUGUUGCAGAAGAGGUCCUCAUCAGUCAAACCCUAAUUGGCCAGUAGCCCUGAUCUGCUUUAUUGUGUCUUGGUUCACUUUUGUGGUAGCAUUCCUUCUGUUGCUGACUGCUGCAGCCCUGAAUGACCAGCGCGGCGAAGAGUCUAUGGAUAUGAGCGUCUACUAUUGCUAUGUUGUGAAGCCCGGAGUUUUUACUGGGGCUGCUCUCUUGGCCCUUGCAAGUGUAGGUCUUGGAAUUUUCUAUUAUGUCACCUUGAAGUCGACAAAGAACAACAAUGCUCCAGGCUGCUGCUGCUGGUGGAGCUGCUCCUAAUCAAACUCAAACCCACACUGGCAUUGCAAUGGGACAACCCCAGUUCACUUCAUCAUCAUCAUCAAACACUCAAGAUCCAGUUUUCGUGCAUGAAGAUACAUAUAUGAGACGACAAUUUACUUGAUUCUAAUCAAGAUCCGAUGCUGUUGGUGAACUUCAACUUGUUUGCAGACAUACUAUUGCUGUAUUAAUGGGUUGGGCACUUGUGAGCUGUAUUGAUUGUUUGAUAUGCAAACAGCAAAGAAGAAGGAAGUAAAAAAGAGUUUACUAGUAGGCAAGACACUUUUAUGUGGUUCGUCACAAUGCGUGACUACGUCCACAGGAAAAAAAGGCAAGAAUUAUGGCAUUUCCUUUAACAUGAACACUGUACAACAAUAGAUGGGUCCUUGUGUCAUGGCCCCUCUUCAAUUUCGAACUCAAAAGUGGCAUUACUACA